GUUAACGUGUAUUCCUGCAAAUGGAUAUUUCUCUUUCUGACUCAACAUGCUCGGCUAAUUACUGGUCUGCAAUACAAAUUUCCCGUUUGUAAUCAUUUUUUUUUCCCGAAUCUUCUUAAUUGUAAUUUAUUUCUGAUCUUCGUGUUCUGGAAUUAUUACAUGACAAUGUUGGAAAUAACCUAAUUAACGAGGGUGUGUAUUGCAGAAAAUUUGAACUGAAAAUGGAUAUUGCUUGUGAUUCAGCAUCUCUUUGAUGCAAGUUCAAGUGAAAGUGACAAUUUAAUUAUUCUGCAUUUUAAAAACAAUUUUGUGAAGAUGUGAAAAAACGUCUGACGCAAAUUGAAUAAAAAGGACUAAACACGCAAGUGUGAAGACCGAAGAUGGACACUUUAUCAGGUCCGUCGGGGGUUUCAUUGAAAAGACUGAAUAUAAAAAAUAAUUUAGCUGAACUUUAUCUUAAGAAACAGCUGGACCAAUAUCAGAGGGAAAAGACCUUCAGCAUCUCUCAUAUUGACAGAGAUAGGUUCGACACGAGAGAUUUUUUGAAACAGGUCCAGAGAAUUGAAUCCGACAACAACCAUGCAGCAAUCACAUAUUUGGGACGUGAACCAAACGCAGGCUACAAGGAAAGACUUGCCAAAUUCCGAGGUUCAACCGAGACUCUGCCAACAGAGGUUGAGACCACCGCUAGAGUUGAUUCUGUCAUCAAAGAAGCAAUACAGCCACCACCAUCACCACAUCGACCCCCUGAAAUAAUAAAACCCUCCACGGUACCGACCCUCCACUCCAAAACCACGUUACUGGAGCCACCUAGUAAAAACUGUACCAUGCCAGAAAUCAAAAUAUCCAAUCCAUCCCCGGAAAUGUUGGAUGUUGCUACGGAAACAAAGAAAGAACCGGAAACGGUCAAACGCCCCGACACCCUACCGUUGUUAGGUACGUCGUUGACCAAUAGGCGCGGAUCUGUGUAUCUGCAGAUUGCAGCGGUUGUGAAUACCCCGGAUGAUGCGAGUGUGUCAUCCGAAGAGAUGGACUCUGACGAAGAAGAGAAUCCACAGAAACCGAAAAAAAUUUCAUCGCGGAGGAAAUCGUUCAUGGCUUGGAUUAACACAAAGAAGAAAACUUUUCCUUCUCUCCAACAUGUCGAUAAUAGGUCACGGGACGAGGUCAGAAGGCAAUCGUUUUUCUCCUGGGUCGAAUCUCGGGAGAAAGAAAAGGAGAAAGCGACGUUUGCCAUCUUAGAAGCCGACGAGGAGUCGAGUGAUAUUGGCGAAGCCGAAUCCCGGCCUCGUGUUCCCAGCGUUAGGCGUUGUGAAAGUUUAAACAUCAACCCCUUUAAAGCCAAAGCUCGACAGUUAAUGAAUACUUUCAAAUUCAUUCGUAAGGAACCCCUUAACAUUAGACUUCAGAAGUUUUAUUCGAAGCUUGAAGAGAUCAAAAAAAGGGAUGAAAUGUCUAUGCGUGUGUUGAGUAGAAAUGGUUGUAGAAGUGUGCACGAAAUACGAAACCCAAGAUGAUAUUAUUUUCACUAGUUGUCUUGAUGUGCUCUAAGUACAAUUCCCUGUUAACCUUGAACUUUCAGUAAGUCUCGACAUUGCAUAAUUAGGGUCUGAAAUUUACACAUCCUUUCACUCACUUUUGAAAUAUAUGUUCGGGCGAAUGUCAAGGAGUGUAUUAAUGAUCCAAUGAUAUCGUUUCGUGAGGCAGCGAGGUGGGGCUUAAGUCGUCUUAUCGUUGUCAAUAACAAUUUAAAGUUGCUGAUG